AUGUCUGAUAAAUUGCUAAGCGGCCGUGCGAACGACAUGCCGACGGCACUUUUGCCCAAUACGAUUGAUGUCACGAACAGCACGGCGGAAGUUUGUGAGGACGCUGAUUCUUAUCAAUCGGAAACGGAAAAGCCAAUUAUUUUGGAGCUUGGYACUACACCCAAGCCAGUGGCCGUCAGCGCAAACGUUUUGGCAUCGGUUUACAAUUCAGAGUAUCCUCUGGAUAUGCAUCUGAGUGGGAAUGCGUAUUUGGUCGCUUCGCACUAUGCGCCUUAUGCUGGACAUACUCCCGCCGAUCCUCACUUGUUGCCAAUUGUUACAACACACCUCUCGCCACCGAUUUACAAUAAUCCGUAUACUCAUUAUGAGAAUUCGUUGACACCACCACCUCCYGCACCGAAUACAAUAGUGCCGCCACACACAAGCGCUUCUUCUGCGGUUGUUUCCAGCGGAAUAUCCACCGUUACACCUAGUGUUUACCCAACGCAAAUUCCACAGACCGUGAGUACUUGGCCAUUAGCUGCCGAUCAGAAAGGGAAAUCUGUUGCGGAAGUGGUCCCACCACCGAUUAGUAUCAAUUACCUCGACGCACGCGAGCACAUCAUAUCGAAGGAAACAAAUCCCUCUUGGAAAGAGAAAGCGCUGCAAUUGGAGAAAGGUGAGAAAUAUGUGAUGAAAUUCAAAUAA